UUGUUGCAGUGUGAACUGGCUCUAAAUUCAAAGUGUGCUUUUAAAGCACAAGAAAUUGGAGUUUUUAAAAUUAAUACUUUGUAUAUGAUGCACAUGUUUAUGCUGUCAUGUGAAUAAAAACAACCAAAUCACUUGGUAACGAAAGAAAAAACAAACAAAACUUUAGAACAGUUUUACUAAUAUUAAUGAAAAUGUAAAAUUUUAAGUCUUUUUUGCAUAAUCAAAUCUAAGAGAUGUCAACUACAAUAGAAAAUUUACCAAUGGAGGUUUUGGAGCAAAUAUUAGGCAAUUUGGACUUACAAGAGCUUAGUGAAGUAAUCUGGAAAGUCGAGGACAGAUGGUUCCAGGCAGUUCACAACAUAAUUUGCAGAGGAUUCUGCGAUUUUGGUCCGGGAUUAAUGCAAAAGCUGGAAGAUGUGAAAUACAAACUCCUACACGCUCAAUCUGAUACAAGAUUUGAGGAUCAUGAAUUAGUAUUGGUAGCUGAGUAUUCUUUUCUGCAGAUUUUGAACUCUGAAUACAAAGUAAUCUACUCAAUAUUCUGGGACCACAGCAUGAACAGUAAUAAUACAGAACUGAUUUGCGAAGCAGGCGUUUGUCUAAAAGAAUUCAAAAAAUUGUUGGAUGGUUCCACGUUGGGUUUAUGGAAUUGGAGAGCGGAAAAUAUAACCACUGCACUGGACGAUCUGAGAAACAUGAACUCCAAAUUUAUUCACCAUUUCUUCUGUCAUAUUUGGAAUCCAAAAGAGGAAAAAAUCGGACCAUUGCUGCUUGGAAUUUUUGAUUGCUCGUUGAAUUCAAACUAUUUUAUUCGAAUUUCCCAUGAUGAGAAUCAAGUGAUCAGAGAUGCGCCAUGUCAUAUUUGCGGCCAUUAUGAAAUUCAAGACUCUGGUAAUACAUUAAGAAAUUUAUCUCCAGAUCUAUGGAGGAGAGCCAAAACUAGAAAUAUACGAAUUUUGAUCUGCAAUCUAUGUGAUACCAUCAGAUGGGGCAACUUAUUCUACAUGCUAAGGUUGAGAUGGGCGAGCAUGGAUAAUGCGCUGGCUGGUAGGAGACGCGAGAAAUUAAUGGAUUAUUUGAAUCAAUUUAUGAGCAAUUCAAUCGACCAGAAAAUUGAAUCCGAGCAAGGAUCAGAUGGAAAGACCAAGGUGAUCAAAAUUUUAGAGAAAAAUCCAGCAGCUAAUUCACAGGCAUCGCGACAAGGUCUAAGGUGUGAGUUCCAGUUAUGGUGUACUCUACCGCAAGCACCAACAUGCUACCUAGGCCGUCAAUACUGUCUGUCGUCUGACAGCCUCCCUGACAGUGAAGAGAGUACGACCUGUACAAGACCUUACCAUUUCAAAAUGGAACUCAAGUCAUGCUUAACGACCAUUGAUUCGUCAACUAUCGAAAAUACAAUAAUUUGGCUGGAAGAGACUGCGUUCAACAUAACUAUCAACCAACGUCGAGAAACUGUAACAACCACAUAAAAUGUUCAAGUAAAAAUUAAAUUGUGAUCAAUAGAUAUCUGA